AAAGCCUUGGAGCACUGACCGAUUUUUGAUUCGAGCGGAAACUGAAGAUAGAUUGCUAUCCUAUUCGAAGACUGGUCAAAGCCAGUUGAUUCUGCUGUUGGAGACAUUUGUUGAGUGGGAGGACAUGGGAGGCAGAAAGGAGGUAGUGUGCAGGCUCGCUCAUAUGUCCAACUCUUCCAGGCAGUUUCUACCUCACACGCCGCUAAACAGACUCAGGCUCCGACUGACCCGCAGCCCCCUCAGUAGUUUGCGAUCCAAAUCAAGCUACCGAGUUACCAACAGGAGCCCCAGUCCCUCCGAGAUGAACGGUAAGCCCUGGGCCAGGCCAAGCUACCAGGACCAAGCUGCAGCGGAACACACACAGGACAAAUGUACAGCGUCCCACCAGGAACCACAACAGCAGCACCCUGACAAACUGUGUCUGGACUCCUUCUGGAGUGAGGUGGAGACCAUACGCAGCCAAGAUAGCGGUUACAUUGACCUUGACACUGACAGCGCCAGUCGAGACUCCAGACACUCUGAAGAGGGGGAGCAAGAGGAGCAGUGGCUCCAGGAUGCAGGUCUGUCCACUCUGAUAAGACAGCAGCAGCAGAGACCAGACAGAGACAGAGACCGGGAACAGGACAGGGAAGACCAGGAUGUUGACCAGGCCAUCCUACUGUCCACUCUGACCCGUACGCAGGCCGCAGCCGUCCAGAGGAGGCUCGAUUCCUACACCCUGUCCCUGAGGAAGAGGAACAAACCCCCGCCGCGCGACGUCAGGGAUGUCUUUAGGUCGUCACCCUCCUCCAUCGCUCAGACGCCUCUACCAGAGUCUCAAGACCCUGAGCCGAUAGAACCUAGCGCAUCUAUAUCAUCUAUACCAGAGGACAGCAUGGAGACUAUCACCAAGACCCUACUACAAGAGGUCAGCUUGGAGCAGCAGCAUGGAGAAGAUCCUAAAGAGGAUACCUUCAUCACAGACGUGGCGUACUGUGAACAGGCGGCCAUCUUGUUGAAACAGGCCAUGCUGCCACAGAUACAGAACAACGGCCGGAAGAGGAAGGAGGACGGAACACUGCCUAGGAUGACCUGCCCUCAGUGUCGUCUGGGUGUGACUCGUAUCCAGGACCUGUCCAAUCAGGACAUGAAGAAAGUUCGUCAGCUGGCCCUCAUCGAAAUGACAGCGCUCUGCGACCUGCUGGAGCUCGACGUGAAGAGACACAAAACCUGCAAGAGGAAGAUACUAGAGAGUGCCCUGUAUGGGGUUCCCCUGGCCACGCUGUUGGAGAAUGAUCAGAAAGUCAGGCCCACGGCCACCACUCCUCUCAUCCUGCAGGCGCUGCUCUCUUUCCUGGAGAAGAGAGGAGUAGACUCAGAAGGCAUUCUGCGGGUUCCAGGCUCUCAGUCCAGAAUCAAGAAGUUGCAGCAGGAUCUGGAGCAGAACUUCUACAGUGGAGGAUUCAGUUGGGAAGAGGUCAGCCCUAACGACGCUGCCGCGUUGGUGAAGAAGUUUAUUCGAGAGCUGCCAUCUCCACUGCUCACCACAGAGCUCCUCAACACAUUCAGCGCCGUCAGGGACAUCCCUGAGCUGAAACAGAAGCUACAUGUUCUGAACCUUCUCAUUCUCCUUCUGCCUGAACCCAACAGAAACACACUAAAGGCUCUGUUGGAGUUUCUGAGUAAGGUGGUGUCCAGAGAGAGGAGGAACCGCAUGAACCUGUGGGCCGUGUCCACCAUCAUGGCCCCUAACCUGUUCCUCCACAAAGCCGUGCCCUCCCGCCUCACUGACGGGGGGCCAGGGGUGGAAAAGGGACAGGCCGAGAAGGCUGCUGACAUCAUGAGGCUCCUCAUACGCUACCAGGACUUGCUCUGGACUAUCCCGAACUUCCUGAUGAGCCAGGUGCGAAAACUGAAUGAGAACCGGAACCGGAGGUACCAGUUCUACGACCGACGCAUCAAGAACCUGUUGAGGAAAAUACACCAGGACAGCAAGGACAAACCUGACAAGAACUCAUCAGAGCAGCCGUGUCGUACAGUGAAGAUCCAGGUGGGAGAUCUGAUGAGCAGCACCAUGGAGGUGCAGGUUAACAUCAGCUCUACGGCUUCAGACCUGCUGGCUCAGUUCCACAGGCACCUCUGCAGCUCCGAGAACACCAAGAGGAACGGUUCGGUAUCCCACCCGGACUGUGCCAUCUAUGAAGUGGGAGGAAAUAUCGGUGAACACUGCCUAGACCCAGAGACCCAUCUCCUGGACCUGUACAACACCAACCCCAGUGGGGAGUGGGUCAUCAAACUGAAACCACUGGUCACCGCCAGGGGGCUGCACCAAUAAGAGACAGCCGCAGGCAAAGGGAGAGACCAGUAGGGAUCUUCAAGAGCCAGCCAGAGGAGGAGGGAGACCAGGAGGAGGAAGCUGCUGCUGCUGUUAAAAAAACAAACCACCUCAAGACUGAGCCCUCUCUCCCCCUUUCCUCUGCUCAAUGCAGGGGAGACCAGACUAGGAGGUGCAAAGCAGAGAGAGAGACAGAAAGGGAGAGCUACUGCUCAAAAACACUCCACCUCCACACCUUCAGAUGGAAGAGAGGCUGAGGCUGCUUCUUGGCUUGUCAGCUCUCAGCCAAUCACCUCCCAGCACCCGCAGGAACCCAGAUGGGGAUCUGAUGCACCGCUGCUUA